GCAAACCUACUCCUGGAAGGGUCAUGAAUGAAUGAAAGCCAACCCAAACUGACUUACUCCCUUUCAUCAACCAAUCCUAUGCUCAUCCAUCGUCGAUGACAAGCCAUUGGAAUGGGAUUGAUUGCUUUGCUUUGACUGAGUAAACCACAGAAUUUACAGUCCCACGCCACCAAAAUAUUGAUUAUUGAUUUCGUGUAAAACCAAACCACCACCUACAAAAGAAACUAUGAGCUUCGCUUCCCCAUUUAAAGCUCUCAACAACCACCUCAAACCUCUCUGCUUUUCUUGUUCCCCUUCUCUGCGCUCCAAUCACUUCUCACUCAGCUAUUCUCUCUCUCUCUCACCGCCCACGGCUCACCGCUUUCUCUCUCUUUCACGCUCUCGUAUUUUCUCUUCAUUAAGUUCUGGGUCGUUCAUGGAGGUGGUGAAAGAAGUAGCUAAGCAAGGGUCUGCGGCUUCUGAUGGUGUUGCCAUUAGAGCUGACCAGAAAAGUUACACUUACAAACAACUCUUUUCCUCUGCUUGGAGGAUAUCGAACCUGUUGUUGGGCUCUGACUUAAACGCUAUCCAAGAAGCAGGCAAACACGUAGCUCAUUCUGCGCCAAUUAAUGGCGCAAGAGGACAAGGAAAUCUUGGCGGGGCUCGUAUAGGAAUUGUGGCUAAACCUUCAGCUGAAUUUGUUGCUGGAAUGCUUGGGACUUGGCUUAGUGGUGGUGUUGCAGUUCCGCUUGCAAUAAGCUAUCCAGAGGCUGAACUCUUGCACGUGAUGACUGAUUCGGAUAUAUCCAUGAUAUUGAGUACUGAAGAUCAUCAAGAACUUAUGCAAAACAUUGCGGUGAAAACUGCUGCUCAAUUUUCUCUUAUUCCACAUGUUCCCAGUAGUUAUUCAGAGGAAAGUGGAGUUGAUCAUCUACAAUCUGGGGAAAUAGAUGCAGAUAGAAUUUUGCAUAACACAGAGACUGCAAAUGAAAAUCCUGCCUUAAUUAUCUACACUAGUGGUACUACUGGGAAGCCUAAAGGGGUUGUUCACACGCACAAAAGCAUUUGUGCACAGGUCCAAACAUUGGCAAAAGCAUGGGGAUAUACAUCUGCGGAUCAAUUUUUGCAUUGUCUGCCAUUACAUCAUGUUCAUGGGCUUUUCAAUGCUCUACUUGCCCCUCUCUAUGCAGGCUCCACGGUGGAGUUCAUGCCAAAGUUUAGCGUGAGGGGUAUCUGGCAGAGAUGGCGCGAGUCAUAUCCAGCAAAUGAAACAAAGGCUGAUGAUUCUAUAACCGUGUUUACAGGAGUUCCAACUAUAUAUUCUCGAUUGAUACAAGGUUAUGAAGCAAUGGAUCCGGAGCUAAAAGCAACCUCGGCCUUUGCUGCAAAACAGUUGCGUCUAAUGAUGUGUGGCUCGUCUGCACUCCCUCUUCCCGUCAUGCAACAGUGGGAAACCAUCACAGGACAUCGUCUUUUGGAAAGAUAUGGAAUGACAGAGUUUGUCAUGGCCAUAUCAAAUCCCUUAAAUGGUGAGAGGAAAGCAGGCACUGUUGGCAAACCAUUUCCUGGUGUGGAGGUAAGAAUUCUCGCAGAAGAUAAGAGUGGAAGUGAUGGAACGGGAAUGGGAGAGCUUUGCAUUAAAAGCCCCUCAUUGUUCAAGGAGUACUGGAGACGUCCUGAGGUAACUAAGGAAUCAUUUACAGAUGACGGUUUCUUCAAGACUGGGGAUGCUGUUGGAGUGGACGAGGAUGGAUAUUACAUCAUUUUGGGACGCACAAGUGCUGAUAUUAUGAAGGUUGGUGGAUACAAGUUAUCUGCAUUAGAAAUAGAAUCUGUACUUUUAGAGCACCCAACUGUAGAAGAGUGUUGCGUGCUGGGCCUACCAGACAAAGAUUAUGGAGAAGCUGUCUCUGCAAUUAUUGUGCCAGAAGCCGAAGCAAAGAAGAGGAGAGAAGAAGAGUCAAGACCUGCUAUAAGCUUGGAAGAACUCUGCAGUUGGGCCCAAGUCAAACUCGCACCAUACAAGCUGCCAACACGUCUUUUUCUAUGGGAUUCACUACCUCGUAAUGCCAUGGGAAAGGUGAACAAGAAAGAGCUGAAGAAAAAGUUGGCAGCUGAACAAGACGUUUAAUUGCGUAGGUGCUCGUUUCUCCGACAAAAUAAUGAGAAGGGGUUGAAGAAGGAAAUAAAGCGAAGCGUUGCAGCGUUGAGUUUUUUUUUUUCCGUUGCGAAUCUGCCUUCCUGAGGUCGUAAAAGAAACAAUGAAACAUGUGAUAGCUAGAAAUUAGUUGGUUCAUUUUCUUGGUUUAGAAAAUAAUUCUAGUGACAAGAGGCUGAGCUAGAAGCAAGAAUUUCAGAUUCUUAUAAAAAAUUGAAAAACAAUAAUGACAUUUCUCCGUCGUCUCCAGAACAGAUUAUGUGACAUUAUAGAAGUCAGUUUGGAGACCGGAAUAACUAUACUAGUUUCCUAAUGAGCAUUCCGCCACAUUUGUUGAUUCUCUUUCGGGAAUGCAAAACUUUGUAUAUUUUACCUAUUGAAAGAAAAAGACGACAAUUCCGUAUGGGAUUGGCGAUACGUAUGAGAGUUGGUAAA